CCUGCAAGAAUUGGCCCCUGAAUCUAACAUCCUCCCAUCUCUGCCACCCAUUGGCUCCCCACGGCGUUCUUUUGUCCAACACAAUCUCGCCAUUAGAUUUCUACAUUUUUAUUGCUCAAACCACCAACCGGAGGCGAAUCUAAGCUCACCGUCUGUUGGAACGAGACAUUUACUCAUGGGGAUCAUCAACUGGGCGCGGAGCAGAUUCAAUGGCAGGUCAGAGAGCAAGAGAUUCGAUCUUGGAGCAGCAAGCCAGCCGGAGAGAUGCCAAGUUGUUCCUGAGACCGACGAGCAGCACCAAUGGCGCUCUCAGAAAGACCAGACAGCGGGUUUCCUCUCCAUCGGCACGCUCGGGAACGUCAUCCACGAGUUGGCAGAAGAAGAAGAAGACCACCCCUCGUCGGCUCACGACCUGCCGGAGUUCACCGUCGAGGAGGCGGAGAAGCUCCAGGAGGCCCUCGCAAAGAUCCUCCAGCGCGCAAAGUCCAAGUCCGGCGCCCGCGGGGCUGAGGACGGUCUCCGUCUGCCCCUGGACAGAUUCCUCAACUGCCCAUCCAGCCUAGAGGUGGACAGGAGAGUCCUUCGGAAUGGUGAUGAAGGCGACGACGUUGAAGGCCAUGACAACCUCUCGCCCAACACCAAGAUCAUCUUGAGCAUGGCCAAGGACCUGCUAGUCAACACCGGUGACAAGAGAGGCUCCGGCACCAAGAACAAGUCCUUCAAGUUCAUGCUAAAGAAGAUGUUCGUCUGCCAUGGUGGCUUCGCGCCGUCCUCGGCCGCCUUGAACGAUCCGGUUGAAUCAAGAAUGGACAAGUUUUUUCGGACGAUGCUCGGCAAGAAGAUCAACGUCCGACCGAGCAACACCACCGCGCCGAAGACCUAUUACUUGAUGGAUAGACCAAACGGAGAGUCGCGUCGGGGUGAUCGCUCUAGGUGGGAAGUGGAUGAAGAGAAAGAUUGGUGCAGAUGGGAUAGAACAGAUUCUGAAUUCAUUGUUCUGGAAAUAUGA